GCUCAACAGAGGGAGCUUUUUCAUCCACGACUGUGAUGUUCAUUUGCGUGUGUGGAGUUGUGUGAGGAGAUCUGUGUGUGAGGAUACCCACCAUGAUGCAGUGGUGGGCCCCGCUCAUCGUCGUUUACCUGUCCGUCUACCUGGCCACCACUCAGCACCACAGGAAAGCUUUGUAUCCAUCUGCAUAUAGGAUAAAGCGUGGGACAUAUUCAUUGAUCAACCCCACGUUCCAGCGUUCAGUGGAGGAUGUCAACCUGCUGUUUGAGAUCCUGCUAGCUGGAAUGCAGAUCCAAGGUGCAGAACACACCAUGCUGAUCCCAGAUGAGGAGCUGGCCUCCAUGAGGAGCACAGAGAGGCUGGAGGUCAUCUGCGAUGACGUGCUGCCCAAGAAGCUCUCCGACAUUCGGCGUCUGGCGGCAGAGCUCGCGCAGCGCCGGCAACCCCUGAGCCGGCAGGACUUUGAGAGGACGGUGCUGACCCUGGUGUACACCACUCAGACGCUGUCUCGAGUCAGCAACGAGCAGCAGAGAGCGGCGUGGACGGAUGCUGUGAUACAGCUGUUCAGAGCUGUUCAAAAGGACCUCAGACUCUCUUGAGCUGUUAAGUCCCAACUUUGUACAGAGCCCACACACUAAUACUGUGCAGAAACUAAUUGCUAUCGUACAGGCCUGCUAUUUCUGUGGUUAUUCAACAAAUCAAAGUUUGACAAAAAACAAAUCCUCCCCAAGCAAUUAAUUCAAGGUCUAUCAGCUCUUUCCAGAGUCUUCAACCACUUCAUGGAGGCUUCUUCUGAUGCAGUCCACUCAGUAGCUCAAAUACCUGAGCUUUCAAAGGAAUCUGCAGUGGACAAAGUGAAGUGUGAAGUGAGGUAUUUUUGUUAAACUGUUUCCAAAGUAAAAAGUGAACUUUCAUACUGCAGAAAUGAAUGUACUUUACUGCCGUGUGCUUACAGGAAAUGAUGCAACACCCGAGCUGUGAAUCAAACUCUGGAUAUUCACUGCAGAUUUGUUGCAAUGUAUAAUAAAUAAUACAUAAAACAUUUAAAA